AUGUUAAGAACCACGAACGUAUCAAAGAGGUUCGCCAGAUCCAUCUACACGUCCGUGUUGGAGUCUGAUGUGAACAUUACCAGAAACGGAAAGGUCAACGUUUCCGUUGGCCCUGGUGGUCGUUCCUCCAGAACCGGAUACACUGCUACCGUUUUCGGAGCCACUGGUUUCUUGGGAAGAUACUUGACCUCCAAAUUGGCCCGUCAUGGUACCACCACCAUCGUCCCAUUCCGUGACGACAUGAAGAAGAGAUUCUUGAAGGUCACUGGUGAUUUGGGUGUGGUUAACUUUGUGGAAAUUGACGCCAGAAACUUGAAGUCCAUUCAAGACUCGGUUGCCCACUCUGACAUUGUUUUCAACUGUAUCGGUGUUGACUACAACACCAAGAACUUCAGUAUGGCCGACGUCAACAUUGCCCUCACCGAAAGAAUUGCCCAAGCCUCCAAAGACGCUGGCGUUCCAAGAUUCGUCCAUGUUUCUUCAUACAAUGCUGAUCCAAACUCCAGCUCCGUGUUCUACGCCACUAAGGGUAUCGGUGAACAGCUUGUUAGAGAUAUCAACCCCGAUGCCACCAUCGUCAGACCAGCCCCAAUGUUCGGUAGAGAAGACAACCUCUUGAACUACUUGGGACCAAAGUUGAAGAUGUGGACUCCAAACAAGAACGCCAAGGAAAUCUACCCAAUCCACGUCACUGACGUCGCCAGAGGUUUGGAAAAGAUUGGUUACGAUGACUCCACCGUGGGUCAAACUUUCGAACUCCACGGUCAAGAAAAGUUGUCCUUCCUUGAAAUUAGACAAAUGAUUCACGGUAUCACUCAAAACUUCUCAUAUGCUGGUCCAUUAUCUUACAACUUCGCCGACUACCAAAUCCCAUUGCCUCUUGCCAAGGCUGUUGCUCAACUUAAACAAUUGGCCUACUGGAACUUGACUAACCCCGACCAAAUUGAAAGACACUUGAUCAACCAAACUAUCGAUCCAAACGCCAAGACCUUCAAGGAUUUGGGUAUUGAAGACAUGGACAAGUUGGCUGAUGUGUUAUUCACCUACACCAAGCACUGGAGACAUCCAUUGAUUGCCCAGAAGGGUGCCCCAUCCAAGAAAGAAUUGGAAAGAUUACGUCAACUCGAACACUUCACCUGA